ACAGUUCACACCCCCUGUACGAGGAAGCUUCAUGCCCUUACAUGUCGGACCAGUUGGCGUGCCGGAAGCAUGGCCGGCCGGAUGAGGAGUACCAGAGGUGGCGAUGGCAGCCUCAUGGCUGCAACUUGAACAAAUGGAAUGCCACAGAGAUGCUGGAGAAGCUGAGAGGAAAAAGACUGAUGUUUGUGGGUGAUUCUCUAAACAGAGGACAGUGGAUAUCCAUGGUGUGCAUGGUUCAGUCUGCCAUUCCAGAUGGGAAGAAAUCUAUGACACCAAAUGCAGCUUUAACAAUCUUUAGGGCAGAAGAAUAUGAUGCCACGAUAGAGUUUUACUGGGCACCACUGCUUGUGGAAUCAAAUUCUGAUGACCCAGUGAACCACAGAUCAAAUGACAGGAUCAUCAGACCAGAUGCGCUGGGCAAGCAUGCAGGUCAGUGGGAGAAAGCAGACAUUCUUGUCUUCAACUCUUAUCUAUGGUGGAGGAGUGGCCAAAAGAUUAAGUUAUUGUGGAAACCUGAUGAUGAUGGGAUCUGUGAAGAGGCCAAUGGACUGGAUGCCAUGAAGUUGGCCAUGGAGGCGUGGGCGGAUUGGGUUGCAUCCACCGUGAACCAUUUGGCACAGAAGGUCUUCUUCGUCACCAUGUCACCUACACAUCUCUGGAGCAGGGAGUGGAAUCCAGGAAGUGAGGGGAACUGCUUUCAGGAGACAAACCCUAUCAACGAGGAAGGUUACUGGGGAAGUGGAUCUGACAUGCACACCAUGCAAAUGGUGGGAAGCAUUCUGGGCAGGCUGCAGACAAAGGUUGUGGUGCUGAACAUUACUCAGCUAUCAGAGUACAGGAAAGAUGGGCAUCCUUCCAUCUACAGGAAGUUUUGGGAGACACACAGCCCACAGCAGCUAGCAAAUCCUGUUAGCUAUGCUGACUGCAUCCACUGGUGCUUGCCAGGAGUCCCUGAUGUUUGGAAUGAGCUGCUGUUCAACUCUUUGUGA